AUGGAAACCGAAGAGAUAGAGACAGCGAAGAAGAGAUGCGAAUCAGUCAUAAGAACAAUCGAGCAGCUUCCUUUAUCAACCGCCAUCACUCCUUCAUGCCGUCGCACUCUCCUCAAGCUCGCUUCCUCCGAGCUCUCCUUCCUCUCUUCCCUCUCCGCCGAUCCUUCUCCACAACCUCUCAGUGUCAACAUCGGCCACAUCGAGUCAGUCGUAAAGCUCGUUCGGCUACCGUCCGUCACCGGCGUUUCGCGCGUCUGCAAACCGGUUCCUCUUCCGAUCGGCGGCGUUCACGUCGAUCUCGUCUGUACUCUCGGAAAAGCUCCGGUAUGGAUCAUCGUCUCCGAUAGAAACCCGAAUUACAUCUCCUGGAACGGAGACCGCCAUGGAGGAAAAGGUUUAAGGUCGAGAAUUCAACAGAUUCUCGCCGCAGCUCAAUCCACAACCACGCUAAAACCUUCUUCUGUGAUCCUGUUCUUCGCAAAUGGUCUUCCUUCGUCAAUUCACGAGAAAUUGAAAAACGAAUUCGGAGCUAAAGAUUUCAACUUCGGCUUGGAUUCGGAUUUCGAUUGCGAGGAGACGACGGAAGGAGAUUGGGUUAAUGUCGUCCGAACCAGAUCGUAUAGAGAAGCAGUUUCCGUUGAGAUCAAGCUCAUGGAUCAAUGCGAUUCUCUUGCCUUUCCUGAUCUUGAGGUUUUGGUUAAAACAGAGGUAAGCGAAAAAGAUGAUUUUUCUUCUGUAAUCUCUUCCAUGAGACUGCAAGGUGAAGACUUUCUGGUGAAUCUCGACACAACGGCUCUUGUAGCUUUCGUAUCUGGAAUCGCGAACGGAUGUGCAGAGAGACUCUUGGAGAUGCCUGAGAUUGAGUUAGAGGAGAAGUUUAAAGGCAAUACCGUUUUUGUGAUUGCUCAGGCGAGAUCUGAAAUUGAGAAUCCAGUUCUUGUGAAAAUGGGAAGUGUGCUAUCAGGGAAGCGAGGGAUUGUAUGCAAGAGUGUUGUGACAGAGUUCAAGGAGUUAGUAUCAAUGUAUGGUGGACACAAUGAGAAACUCAGAGCUGAGCAGUUGUUACAUCGCCUAAUGUUGGUGAAUGACAAUCCCACGGAGCGUGUGAUGGGACUUCCAACGAGGAGAAAGUUAGCAAUGAAGAACAAGAUCGUGUUUGGGACAGGUGAUAGAUGGAGAGCUCCGACAUUGACUGCAAACAUGGCGUUUGUCAGAGCUGUGGCUCAGUCAGGCAUGUCUCUCUCCACCAUCGACCAUAGCCCUCGAGCUCUUACUGGUGAUUAG